CUAGUGAAGAGCUGCUGUGGUUGGCCACAGUUAUCCGUGUUUUGAGUGCAGCGGGCAGGGGUUUGUCCAACCUUCCAUACACAAAUGGCGAAUACGGAUGAUCCGCGGGAGGUUCAAAAUUUCAGAAGAAACACUAGUUCCAGAUCAUCUGUUUCAGCAUGCUCCUCUCUCGCUAUGGAGAUCAAAAGAAAGAAAAUAAGAGAAAGUACUGUGUUUUUGCAGUCCGAGGACACCAACAUCCAGGAGAAGAUCGAUUUUGAGAUCCGCAUGCGAGAGGGUGCCUACAAACUGCUGGUGGCCAGCAGUAAAAGAGAGCAGGUACUCAACGCUUCCAAGAACCUCCUGACCUGCAACUCACGCAUCAAGGCCUACCUCACAGAGCUGCAGAAGAAGAACGAGGAACAGGAUAUGAUGAAGGCCUCCCAGAGAAGAUCGUUUCCAGUUUCUAAUGAACGCGUGGCUUGUCCAGGGAAAGUGGCAAUAUCCGGCCUGCGAAUUCCGUUAAUGUGGAAGGAUUCUGACCAUUUCAAUAACAAAGGCAGUUCACGGAGAGUGGCAGUCUUCUGCCUGGUGAGAAUUGGAUCACAUGUGUUUGACACAGAGAUGGUGGUUGUGGACCGAUCGUUGACCGACAUUUGCUUUGAAGGUGUAACAAUAUUCAGUGAGGCAUCGCCCCAGUUUGACCUGAAGGUGGAGCUGUACAGCAGUGCCAUCGAGGACGAGACCACUAUGGUCAACACCCCCAAGAAGCUGGCAAAGAAGCUGCGAAACUCCUUCGGCCGAACCUCCGGCAGGAAACUCUGCCCCCUGCUGGAAGCGGGAGACCCUGACGCCUUCCUCCAGUCCAAUCCUAUCCCACCAGGGGCCAGGUACAGCCUGUUGGCUUACACUUCUCUGAGCCUGGACGAGGCUGAGGGCAGCUUCCAGUCCCACUCUCUCAUCAUCCUCCAGGACGCUGAGUCAUCCUCCUGGCUGCCGCUCUAUGGUAACCUGUGUUGCUGCCUUGUGGCCCAGCCCCUCUGCAUGACCCAGCACAUGAUGACAGGCUACCUCAGUCAGGAGCAAAGGGUGGAGGGUAUGUUCCGCUGCUGUAGUCUGUACUGUGCCCUCAGCGCUGGCUCUCUGUCCUGCUACUACACCCCCGAGGAAAUCACUGCCAAGGUGGAGCCCUCGCUACGCAUCCCCAUCCACAAGGACACCAGGAUCACAGUGGUGGAUAAAGAUCCAGGGUCAGGAAGGCGGUCCAACAGUCUGACCAUCAUCAACCCUGUUCCGGGAGGCUCUCAGGCCCACGUCUUCAGCGCUGACACCAGGCAGGAGCUGGAGGACUGGCUGGAGGCCUUUUGGCAGCACUUCUAUGACCAGAGUAAGUGGCUGCACUGCUGUAACCAGCUGAUGAAGAUUGAGGUCCUGUCGCCACGGAAACCCCCUCUGUUCCUCACCAAACAGGCUGACUCCGUCUACAAUGACCUGAGUAUCAACUCUCCUGGAAAGUUAGAGAGCAUCACAGACAUCAUCCACAGCAAAAUUGAGGAAACAGGAGGUCACUUCCUUAUUGGCCACGAGGAGGAGAGGGAACCGCCUAACUGGUCUACUCUGUUUGAUGGGACGCGCCCUAUGGUUGUGCAGAAGACUGUCCUGAAGCCAAUCAAAGACAGCCCCUGUCCUAGCCCCGCCUCCAGCUCCUCCUCCUCCAAUGCCAACAAGAAAAGACGGGCCCCGCCCCCACCCUCGGACCAGCAGCCUUACACCCCAGAAGCCACGCCCACCAGGCCAGCUAAACCCCCUCUUCCUCCUCCUCCUCUUCUUCACCAGGAGAAGGAGAACAGGGGCACUCAGGCAAGACUGAGAACCAAGACUGGGCGGCCUUCUCUGGACACUAAGUUCUCCGCCAUCAUCCAGCAGCUCCAGAGGAACCAGAUCCCAGCCCGGAAGAACGCCCCCUUGGGCCAGGUGGAGCUCUCUGGGCCCCAGCUCCUGCUGGGGGGGUACCAGGCUCCAGAGCAGGACGACCCCCCCAGACUGGCGCCGGUACCAGCUCCACGGAGCAAGAUGCGGAAGUCUUUCAGGGAGAAGAUUAACCCUAAAGCCUGGUGAUUCGUGAUUUAUAUGUUUUAAAGGGAGUCUUUCGGAGAUUAUUAUGGAAAUAUUUUAAAGACAGACUGGUCCCAGGUAGUGACUGUAAGCAAUUAAGAAUGAUCAAAUUCAGAAUGGCAGAAGUCCUGUGAUGUAGUAUUUUCUAUAAUUUAUGCUUCCGUCAACACUAUGACUAGACUGAAACCACUAACAGUUUUUUCUUAACCAGAGCAUGUCGCUGUAAUGCUGUGUUCUGUUGAGCACUGUGAUCAAAGUGCAACUGAAGGGAAUAUUUGAGAAGGGGUG